AUGCCAGGUAAAUCUACCUCUGUUCCGCGCAUCACCAAGUUCACCAACUGUCGCCUUGUCCGCGGCUCGAGUCUGGUUGAACAAGAUCUUUGGAUUGAUGCCUUGACCGGGAAAAUUCUUAAGGAUCAAGAGGCCUUCUAUGAGUUGCACCUCUCUCCAGAUGAGACCAUUGACCUUGGAGGCCGGAUCUUGGCUCCUGGUCUGAUGGAUGUUCAACUCAACGGUGCCCAUGGCUUUGAUUUCUCCGUUCCCUGUGAUACCAAAGAGGAGUAUGACGAGGGUUUGAAGAUGGUGAACCGGGGUCUAGCCCGCACUGGUGUCACUUCUUAUCUGCCUACUGUUGUUAGCUCAACACCCGAGGUAUACUGGAAGGUUCUUCCCUCUCUUGGGCCCACUAUUGCCACUCAUCUUCCCCAUGACGGCGCUGAAUCUCUCGGCGCCCAUGUUGAGGGUCCGUUCAUUAGCCCUGGCCGCAACGGUAUUCACAAGAUUGAGGUGCUCCGCGCAGCCGAGAGCUUUAAUGAUAUCAUCCACUGCUACGGUGCUGAAAACCUGACAGCUGAUACUCCUAUUAAGAUGAUGACCGCUGCCCCAGAGGUUGGUAAUAUGAUGGCCCAGAUCCCAGAGAUCGUUAGACGCAACAUCAUCUACUCCAUCGGUCACUCGGACGCUACGUAUGAGCAGGCAGUCUCCGCGACUCACCAGGGUGCGCGCAUGAUCACUCACUUAUUCAAUGCUAUGCGUCCCUUUUACCACCGCAAUCCUGGUGUCUUUGGUCUGUUGGGCCAAAGUGAGCGUCUGCGUCCAUACUACGGUGUCAUUGCGGAUGGUAUCCACUUGCAUCCCACAUCUAUCAAGAUCGCAUAUAAUGCCUACCCGGAUGGCCUUAUUCUGGUGACAGAUGCGAUGCGUCUGUGUGGUCUGCCAGAUGGUGUUUAUGAUUGGACAAAUGGCGAGCGUAUAGUCAAGACCGGUGCCCGGUUGAUCUUGGAAGGCUCUGACAAGAUUGCUGGUAGCUCAGCUACUCUUAUCGAGUGCGUCAACAAUUUCCGUCGUUGGUCGGGUGCUUCGACUGCUGAUGCGAUUAACGCCGUCACUGUCGCGCCUGCUCGCUUGUUGGGUUUGGAGGGCGUCAAGGGCUCUUUGGAGGCAGGUGCGGAUGCGGACUUGGUUGUGUUGGGAGAGGUGGACGACGCUUACUCCGGUGCUACUCUGACUGUUGAUCAAGUGUGGAAGUUCGGCAUCAAAAUCCACGAUACUGACAAGAUUGCUAUCUAG